GGAAGUGGUGCUGGUGAGCACAUGGGUGUGGUUGCUUAGCACUCUCAGAAAAGACAGACGGAGGAAAGCAUCGUGUGUGAUGAAGAUGUGGAUAAGUCUCAGGCCUGGUGCACCUCACAGGAUGGAUACCAAGAUUUAUUGGGUUCCCUUGACCUUUUUCCUAUUUGUCAUGUUACAAGGGUUAACGGCUCAGUCUACUCAAACGGCCUCUGAGACCAGCAAUAUGGCAAACACAGGAAUGUCGACCGCUCUGGCUCCCACUGAAAGAGGAGCAGGAGGCAGAGCCACCAGAAAUGCUGACUCCUCCUCGGAAAGUUCCGCUGCCGAAAAAACCACAAGGCAGCUCACUGUCAGCGUUAGCCCAGUCACUGAUAACUCCACCACAUCAGAAAUCAUGACCUCUACAGUUCCCAGUGUGGAAACAACAAAAUCACAAACAAAGCCCACAUCCUCUUCAGCAUCCACUGUGACAUCCUUCCAAUCCAGCACUAAGAAAACCACCACAAGUGGAUCCCAUCAAGCUUCUGCCUGGGACCCUACGUGGGACAAAGAUUUCACCUAUGAUUACAAGUCCCUGCGACAUAUUGGACUGUCUAUUGCAGCGAUUCUUUUCAUCAUGGGCAUCAUGGUCAUUGGCUGUGGCAGGGUCUGCCGAAUGCCCAAGUGUCACAGGAGGUCAUCUAAGUCGUACCAUGUGGCCCAGCGAUAAGGAGAGAGAGCACUAAUGACAGAGCUUAAAAACCAACCAGGAGUCCAUCAGGAGCAAAGCAACCAGCCAACACCUGGCUGCGUGUGUGUGCAUAAGGCCUGACUGACUGUAUGCUGCUAAAUAACAGUGCCAAAACUUGAAUCAAGCAGAAAAAGUGGGAAAAAAAGUAGAAUCAUCACCAGUUUACGUUCUAAUUUCUAAAAAAAAAAGCCUCAUAUUUUAAAAAGCCUUUAGCCAUGGAACAGGCCCGUUUCUGAUGGUCUUUGUAUGUUUUAACUGAUGACGCAGCCAGGACUAUUAUUAAAGGUUAUGAAAUAUAA